GUGGGCAGAACUUUGAUGAACCUUCGGGUGAAAUCAGUUUAAGGAGUGCGCGCUCAUAUUAUUCAAGAGACUGUAAUUGGAUAAUCCAGGGUCCGGUAGUAAACUCCAGCAUUCUUCUUGUUUUUGAAGACUAUUAUGGCUGUAGCUAUACACGAGUAAGAAGCAGUCGACAAACAAGGUACCAGGACUGCUAUUACCAACAGAUACCUUUUGCAGUAUUGGUAUUGGACAACUACGUUGAAUUUACAUUUAGCCGUCGGUACGACUCCAGAACUCGACUGAAAGCUCAUUUUUUUAACUCACAAGUGGACGAUCCCCACCAACAUGAUUGGAAUGUUACAGUCAGUAACGUCAGCUCAACAGCCGUCGAUGUGAGUUGGUCUCGACUUGAUGACGAAAAUUCAAAUUCCACCUACAUAUAUGGUUAUGUACCUACCGCGCACAUAACAAAGUAUAAUACUGGUGAUAUACUUAUGCUGAAUGUGACAAAUGCUCCUUCCAGGAACACAAGUUCCUCCUUCUUCAGUACGGGGGUGAGAGGCCUUAGACCAUACACAAAGUACCGAGUAAACGUUGUAGCUCUUGUAAGAGAUCGGAUAACUGGUGUGAUCUCAACGAAAAGCAGUGCAGCUGUUGAGGUUACAACUCCAGAGGAUGUUCCCAAUGCUGUUCGAUGGCUGUAUGCAAGAAACCGAGGUUUCACCAGUCUUCGAAUUAGGUGGGGUUCAAUAUCUAACGAGGAGGCAAAUGGAAUUCUUCUUGGCUACACAGUGUACUACAGACCUUAUAAUUCAAACGAGAGCUUCACGAAUAUUAGUGUUAAUAUUAACGUGAAUGCUAUAACUAUAACCGGUCUGAAAAAGGCUGCAAAGUAUGAGAUCAGAGUUACCGGUCGUACAUCCGUCGGGGAAGGUGUAGAACGUUGUACAUAUGCUGUAACAGAGUGUGGACAGAACUUUGAUAAGACAUCAGGUGAAUUCAUUAUAAACGGUGGAUCCCAGUUCUAUUAUUAUAGAACUUGUAAUUGGAUGAUUCGAUCUCCGGUUGUGAAUUCCAGCAUCCUUCUUCUUUUUGAAGAAUACCAACCUAAUGAAGCCUGGACUUAUAUCAGAAGUGCGAGAGAAAGAAAGUGGCUGGACAGCUAUCAAAAGGUGCCUUUGGCAGUUUUGGUGUUGGACAGCUUUGUGAGAGUCAGUAUUUACAAGAGAAAUAAUAAUAAUCUAGUGAAAGCUCGCUAUUUCAUCAUGAACAACUCACGCUCCGAUGUCUAUGAACGUGGUUGGAAUGUCACAAUAAGUAACGUCAGCUCCAGAGCAAUUGGUGUCAGUUGGCCUCCACUAAGUACUACCAGCUUAAACUCCACUUACAUAUAUGGCUACGUGGUUUUCUUGCGCAUGCUUUCGAAUGGUAUGGGUGACAUACUUGUACAAGAAGAAGCAAAUUCUACUUCCUUGAGCAAGGUGGUGAGUGGACUGAGAUCCUACGUGAAAUACCAAGUAAAAGCUGUUGCUUUCCUCAAGGAUCGUGUUAGUGGUAAAAUAUCCCUGAAAACCAGCGAAAGUGCUGAAACUCAAACUGCAGAGGGGGCACCCUUUCGUGGACCUUCGUACAACAGGGUCCUUGCAUUGGAUUAUCAGAGUAUUUUUGUCAGUUGGUAUGCAUUGCCUCAAGAGGAUAGUGGUGGAAUUUUGCGAGGAUACAGAGUGUCUUACCGAGACCGCCGGACCCAACAAACCAAAAAUGUUACCUUGGAAUCAGAGGAGCGGCGGGUUAUCUUAACUGAUUUAGAACCACAAACGUCUUACAUUAUUUACGUCUCUGCGUUUACAGCCAUGGGUGAAGGUCCAGGAAACUCUUAUUGGAUCAGAACAC